GCUCUGUUUUGUUUUGGUGUCUAUGCAUUUUCUGCCCUGCGAUAUGGUCUGUCAGACGAAGAUGGUAGCGGACGAGGAGAUGCCGCCUGCGAAAGGGGAUGGAUUGGCCGUCUCCAGCCAGAUCUGGCUCCCGGCGCCUCCGCCCUCAUCCCCGGCUCCAACCCCGGCUCCAGCCGGCCCCGAGCUGGCUCCAGCUCCAAGCCCAGCCCCAGCCCCAGCCCCGGCCCCGGUCCCGGUCCCGGCCCCGGAGGCAGCGGGAGGCGGCCAGCGCCGGGCGGUGAAGCCGGAGCCGGCACUGCUGAUCCGUGAGUUCCAGCCCACAGACCGGCCCAGCGUCCGCCGCAUCUUCCGAGAGGGGAUUCUGGAGCGGGUCCCCAACACCGCCUUCAGGGGCUUAAAACAACAGCCUGGCAUCCUCCUGCUCUAUUCCUGCUUCACCGGUAAGUCAGCCCUGUACUUUACCCCGAAACCCUGCAGUCCCUGUCACACCCACCCCCCCUUCCCCCCCAAAUAUAUACCGCUUUAUAAUGUUCACCUUUGGGAAGGAUCAGAGGGGGGCAAACACACUGCUUCAUAUAUACAUAUAGGACUUAAUUUAUAUAUAGCGUUUAUUAUAUACAGGGUUGGUUAUAUGUACAUACGGGAGUUAUUUUUAAACAUGGUUUUUUAUAUAGAGAUAUUUUUAUAUAAAAUUUAUAAGAUAUAG